CGGGGUCUUUUUAAGUGGCUUUAAUGAGACGCGCUGACCUCGUGCCGUCGUCUCUUUGAUCCUCCGUGUGGCUGCGCUCAGGACGCACUUCCUGGGCAGCAACAUGGCGGAAGGCGAGCUGAACGUUGACAGCCUCAUCUCUCGGCUCCUGGAAGUGCGAGGAUGUCGUCCAGGGAAGGUGGUGCAGAUGACGGAGGCUGAGGUCCGCGGGCUCUGCAUCAAGUCCAGAGAGAUUUUCCUCAGUCAGCCGAUUCUGCUGGAACUGGAGGCUCCGCUCAAAAUUUGUGGCGACAUCCACGGACAGUACACAGACCUGUUGAGGCUAUUCGAGUACGGAGGGUUCCCACCAGAGGCCAACUACCUGUUCCUCGGGGAUUACGUGGACAGAGGGAAGCAGUCGCUGGAGACCAUCUGCCUGCUGCUCGCGUACAAGAUCAAAUACCCAGAGAACUUCUUCCUGCUCCGGGGGAACCACGAGUGCGCCUCCAUCAAUCGCAUCUACGGCUUCUAUGAUGAGUGCAAACGCAGGUUCAACAUAAAGCUCUGGAAGACGUUCACAGACUGUUUUAAUUGUCUACCUAUUGCUGCAAUUAUCGACGAGAAGAUCUUCUGCUGCCAUGGAGGUCUCUCACCUGAUCUACAGUCAAUGGAACAGAUUCGACGGAUUAUGAGACCUACUGACGUCCCAGACACAGGCUUGUUGUGUGACCUGCUGUGGUCAGACCCAGACAAAGACGUCCAGGGUUGGGGAGAGAACGAUCGCGGGGUUUCCUUCACUUUCGGGGCCGACGUGGUCAGUAAAUUCCUGAACCGCCACGACCUGGACCUCAUCUGCCGAGCACAUCAGGUUGUUGAAGACGGAUACGAGUUCUUUGCCAAGCGGCAGCUGGUGACGCUGUUUUCCGCCCCCAACUACUGCGGGGAGUUCGACAACGCUGGCGGCAUGAUGAGCGUGGACGACUCCCUCAUGUGCUCCUUUCAGAUCCUGAAGCCGUCGGAGAAGAAGGCCAAGUACCAGUACGGAGGCGUGAAUUCGGGUCGCCCCGUCACCCCACCCCGCACCGCUCAAGCCCCCAAGAAGAGGUGAGCGGCUGGCCCUGGCUCUCCUCCUCCUCCCCUGGUCCCCGACUGGUCCCUGCAGGCGCCUCAAACACUCAGCCUUUUCUCAGUCUGCUUGAUCACGUUUAAACAGAAUCUGCAGGGUCCGUGCUUGUUCUAUGGGUAUUUCUAUGAACAUGUGAGUGGUGUUUCCUUUUCCUUUCUCUGAUGCCAUGGUACGUGAUGAACUCAGUCCGUUCAGCAAUAUUAAUAUAAACCUUUUUUAGGAAAAGUUGCUUCACUGCCCGUGUCGUGAUGUUGUGAACGCAUGCACGCCGCUCCAAGGAAUGGAUUUUUGUGAAAUAAGCUAAUUUACUGUACAUUCUUGCAAUUUGGAUGAGAAGAUCAUUACCACUGACAGGUUUGUACCGUUCUACCGUUCUGGCUAAUAUACUCUGGCAGCAGGAUUGGACCCAAUGCCUUGCAACCAGCAGCACAUAGAAAUAAAGUCUCAAACACAGCCUGCAUGAAACAGCAAAUAAAAGCAUCAAAACAUAUAAUUAUUAGGUUUUAGCGGUGUCUGUAUGCAGCAUUGUUCUAACCUGUGGACAGAUCCAACUGGAGCAGCAAUGGUCUUCUCAUCACUAUAUCGAAUGGUCACACUAUCCAAAGUGUUUUUUUGAGUUUUCCUUUCAGCAUCACCCCUUGACUUUGCUAUGACUUUCCUUUUGACCCAAGAAUGUUGGAAACAGAAGAGUUUGUAUUUAAUGAGUGAAAUAAAUGGACGUGUUGUUGA